ACUCAAACCAAAACAAGAAAACAUACACAAAUAGCAAAACAUGGCUAACAAGCUCUUCCUCGUCUGCGCAACUCUCGCCCUCUGCUUCCUCCUCACCAACGCUUCCAUCUACCGCACCGUUGUCGAAUUCGAAGAAGAUGACGCCAGCAACCCCGUAGGUCCAAGACAGAGAUGCCAGAAGGAGUUUCAGCAAUCACAACACCUAAGAGCUUGCCAGAGAUGGAUGAGCAAGCAAAUGAGGCAAGGACGUGGUGGUGGUCCUUCCCUCGACGAUGAGUUCGAUUUCGAGGGCCCCCAGCAGGGAUACCAGCUACUCCAGCAGUGCUGCAACGAGCUUCGCCAGGAAGAGCCAGUUUGCGUUUGCCCCACCUUGAAACAAGCUGCCAGGGCAGUUAGCCUCCAGGGACAGCACGGACCAUUCCAAUCCAGGAAAAUUUACCAGUCAGCUAAGUACUUGCCUAACAUUUGCAAGAUCCAGCAAGUUGGUGAAUGUCCCUUCCAGACCACCAUCCCUUUCUUCCCUCCUUACUACUAGAGUCCAAGCCCGGCCUAGCACGAUGAUCAUGAGUGUUGCUAUUGAUGUAUGUUAAUACUAUACACAGUCAUCGUGUGUGUUUUAUAAAACUGUAAGCUUAGGAUGUUUGAGGCUAAUGUAAUUAGCACUACACCGUAAUAAAUGAGAGGUUUACUUUAUGUUUUAAUAAUGUUCUUACCCUUGCUGCUCUCUAAACUGUAAUGGCGUACGGUUAGCUAAACUAAAGUAAAAAU